CCGACCCCCGGCUUCGGAGGGCGGCAGGGGGCGCGCCCCGCGUCUGUGCGCCUGCGUGGUGCUGGGCCGUCCGCGCGCGCCGCUAUGCCGGCCGGGCACGUCUCGCGGGUCCGGGCCCUGUAUCGGCGCAUCUUGCUGCUGCACCGGGCUCUGCCCCCAGACCUCAAAACCCUUGGCGACCUGUACGUGAAGGACGAAUUUAGGAGACAUAAGACCGUGGGUUCUGACGAGGCCCAGCGUUUCCUGCGGGAAUGGGAGGUGUAUGCCUCAGUGCUAUGGCAACAAACUAAUGAAAACAGACAAAAUUCAACAGAAAAAGUAUGUUUUGGAGCUGCCCUACCGGAAGAAAAACUUAAUGACUUUCGUGAUGAACAAAUUGGACAGUUGCAGGAGCUGAUGCAAGAAGCUACUAAACCCAACAGACAAUUUAGUAUUACUGAAUCUAGGAAACCAGAAUUUUAAUCUAUACAAGUAAAACUUAGCAAAGCAUUUUAAGUUCAGAACUCCUUAUUUUAACUCUCAUGUUUUUUUUUUUUUUAAUUUAUUUCUUAAGAUUUUAGGCUUUGAGAAUGCCUGUAUUAAUGAAAUAUUCUUUUACUUGGGGAUGUUAUCGACAAUGUAUAGAUCAAUAUAUGACUAGUAGACAAAACUUUGGAUUAUUGAAGUAACAGUAUUUGCUAGAUAGGAUUUGAUUUUUGGACUAAACAAGAAAGAAUGACUGUAAAAUGGACAAAAUUGUAGAAUUUUGCCAGAAGUUUAUGUAUAAAUUUAAUGCUAUUUUUGUUCAAGCAUUAGCCUCAUGGUUUUAGCAUCAGUAGAUGAGUAUAUUGUAAUAAUAACAGAUGUGGAAUUCCAACAGAGUUAUUAUUUAUGUAUUGUCACCCUGAAAUUUUCAUCAUUUCUACUUUAAUAAUGCAUGUAUGAUUAUUCUUGUAAAUAUCCUUUCUCCCUCAUUGUUUAGAUAUAAUGGAAGAUUAAAAAGAAGCUUUAAGAUUCAGUACCACACAUGGUAUAAUCUAUCGUACAAAUGGUAGUGUAAUUUUUUUUUUUUUAGUGUAAUGUUUCUACAGUGUUUAUUAAUAACAGAUGAACCCUUAAAUUAUACAAUUUGUAGUUACCUUGAGAAUCUCAUGUAUUGCCUCAUAAUUGGGGAGAUAAAAAUACUCAUAAAUUUUUUUAAUUCAUUAUGCACUGAAAUAGUCAAGUGGUAAUCCCAUGCAUAUCCUAAAAUGUUUAAUCAAAAAAAAAUAGUUAUGUAUGUCUAUUUUGAGAUUCUGAAGUGAUCAUUUUUCAGAUUAAUAAUUGAUUUAUAUUUACUCUCUUUUGCCAUAUUGGGCUUUUUCUUUGUGUAUGGCUGCCAGACUCCUCAGUCCUUUUUAGUAUCCCUCAUUGAGUCAGUUUGGAGGUUGAUGUUUGUCUUUUCUCAUUGAAAGGGAGUCAGUAAAUCCGUGAUAAUCUAGGGUCUACAUUGUAGGCCCCAGGAAUAUAAGAAAUGAAUAAAAUAAAGCUUUUGCCCUCUA